AUGGCAAGCUGCAAAAGGGAAAGGGCCCAGAACCACCCGAGGCUCCUCCCCAAAGACAGGGACUGGCUCGCAGGGUCCCCUAGGGAGUACGAACUACCUUACGGAUACCUUCCAAAGUACUUCGUACCUACCUACCUUCCACCCCGACCUCACCAAGAUUUCACCUUGCUGUGCUUGCUCACCACUUCACCACCUCAUACGCGCAAGACUCACCAAGACCUCGCCCUGGACCGAGACCCAGACCCAGUACCACUUUCUCCCCAGAGCUCGCUGCUUGAACUCGAAAUCGUCUUUGCGCUGCCCACUUGGGCUCAGGAGACAGAACAGCCCCCAAUCACCCCGGACCUUGUCUUCAACCUACGCAGUAUCCGUACCUACCUAGCCUUGCUCUCUCCACCCCUCCGUCCUCCAAUACUUCCAACUGCCACCCUUCUCUCCCGGCGAAAAGCGGUCUCCGGCUCUCGACCUUUGGCCAUCCAAACUCCAUCACGGAUACCUACUCUGUGCUUUCCUACCGAGCACAUGUCUUCACCCACUUCCCUUUCCGCCCCCUACCUUACGUCUGGUCUAGGACCGGGACGCACUCGACACACUGAUGCUAAUGCUGCAGCCGAUGCCGAUGGGAUGCCCGUCGAAAGCAUCUUGUACUUGCUUCUGCAACAUAAGAGCCGAAUCGUCCCCUUCGGACUGCUGACAAGAAGGGCUGUCCCAGCAUUCAACACACCGAAAGAAACAAAUCGCCCGCCAUCCACCGACGCAGUCAUUGCGGCUAGUAUAUGCACGCCAAGGCAAGCGGGCAGAUGUUUCGUCAGCCACCAAACACGGCAGAAAGGACCAGCCAAACUUUUGCUGUCUGCAGCCUGCGGCCUGCGCUGA